UCUUUGCUGAACAGCAAAGAUCCUCCAGUGCCAGACAGGCGUAAGGGUGGGGUGGAGUAAAUAAGAUCCUAAAGCGGAUUCUAUAGCUAUACGAUCAUUGCUGAACAGCGGCUGCUGCCGGGCGGAUAUUGCCGUCGUCAAGGGGAAGUCUGUGGGCGGGACGGAGGGCGAAAGAGCGGGCUCUGGGGUGCGAAGGUCAAGACAGGGAGACAGUCCGUUAGUCGGAGACGGCGUUCCCGCGAGCGGUAACGACUCUUCUAUCUCCGUCCCGUACCCAUGGGCGGGCGAAGAGAUGACAAGGACAAGAUGGCUGCGGGUUUGCGAGCGACUGUAUUACCGGGCCAUGGGAUCCCCCUCAGCGCAUUGAGCCCCAACUUCCUCCAUACCAACUCCACCAGUCAUACUUGGCCCUUCAGUGCCGUGGCAGAGCUGAUAGAUAAUGCAUAUGAUCCUGAUGUAAACGCAAAACAAUUGUGGAUUGAUAAGACCACAAUAAAAGGACAUAUUUGCCUGAUAUUCCUUGACAAUGGCCAGGGAAUGAAUCAUGACAAGUUGCACAAAAUGUUAAGCUUUGGAUUCAGUGACAAAGUUACGGUAAAGGGGCAUGCUCCAGUUGGACUUUAUGGCAAUGGUUUCAAAUCUGGAUCAAUGCGGCUGGGAAAAGAUGCAGUAGUUUUCACAAAAGAUGGAGCAACCUGUAGUGUAGGCUUCUUGUCCCAGACCUACCUUAAAGCAGUGAAAGCAGAAAAUGUGAUUGUACCGAUCAUUUCCUACAGCCAUAAAAAGCUUUUAAAUGAAGACAUGCAAUUAAGCUUGAACGCAAUUUUGACCCAUUCUUUAUUCAAAACUGAAAAGGAGCUUCAUGCUGAACUGGAUGCUAUCUCUGGAAGAAAAGGAACAAGGAUUAUCAUUUGGAACAUGAGAGGAACCAAGGAUGGAAAGCCAGAGUUUGAUUUUGAUAGUGACAAGUAUGAUAUCCGAAUCCCUGAAGAAAUUUUGAAUGACAGCACGGAGAAGAAAAAAUACAAAAGGCAGGAUCGGGUGGAUCAGUUUACGCCGGAAAGCGAUUAUUCAUUACGGGCUUAUUGUAGUAUUUUAUACCUGAAGCCACGCAUGCAAAUAAUUCUUCUAGGAAUGAAGGUUAAAACACAACUUAUUUCCAAAAACCUUGCUUAUAUUGAACACGAUAUAUACAGACCAUCAGCAGUUAAAAGAAAUGUAAAAAUAACGUUUGGCUUCAAUUGGAGAAACAAGGAACAUUAUGGGAUAAUGAUGUAUCACAAAAACCGUUUGAUUAAACCCUAUGAGAGAGUUGGCUGUCAGCUUCUUACAAAUGAUGUGGGAGUGGGUGUCAUUGGAGUUAUUGAAUGUGACUUUCUCAAGCCCACACACAAUAAGCAAGACUUUGAUUAUUCGAACGAAUACAGACUGACUGUUAAGGCGAUUGGUAUGAAACUUUCUGAUUACUGGAAUGAGAAAAAGAAUCGACAGCGUGACUUAUCGAACGUUCCUGUUGAAGAUUCUCUGAAAGUCCCUGAUCAAGUAUGGGUUCAAUGUGAUGGCUGCUUGAAAUGGCGAAAGCUUUCAGAUAUGGCAGGCCCAGAUUUGCUUCCUGACAAGUGGUUCUGCGGUAUGAAUCCAGACACAAAAUAUAGCAAUUGCAGUGUCCCAGAGGAACCUGAAGAUGAUACUGACGAUGGCCCCAGUUAUUCGAAAAAACAUAAAAAGCAAGAACAGAAAAAACAUGAAAAAACUCAACAAAUUGUGGAUAAAACCAAUCAGACAAACCUACAGAAAAUAAUUCAGAAUUAUGGUCGGGAAGCUAACGCUCUUCUAAUGGAACAGAAGAGGUUACAUGCACGGCUUCAAGUGCCUGGGCAAAAGGAUUCUCCGGAAACUGCUGGAGUAUCUUCGAGUAUACCAAAGAUCACAAUCUGUGUGGUUAGUGGAGAAAUGAGUGUGAAAUCUGAUAUGGAAGGCACUUCAUCUCUUACUUCUGUCUCUCCUUUAAGUAGUCUUAAAAUUAUGGAUGUCAAAUCACUGUCAUCUCCACAAAUAUCAACUGAUGGUGAAAGUCUUAAACGAAAACUUGCCUAUACCGAUGCAAGUCCAAAUCCAAAAAACCAAAAACUAAAUGAUGGACGUCCACACGACAUGUCUAAGAAUGGUGAUGCAGCCAGAGACCUCAGUUUUGAAGAUGACAUAAUCCUUCUUGAAGAGAAAAGUACACCAAAGCAUGAAGAAAAUUGUGACUCGUCAAAGGUUAAAAAAGAGGACAGAGGGAGUGUGGACAUGUCAUGCUUUAACAACUGCAAUGGUAAUGAUUUGCCCAGGAUUCGUGAAGAAAUAUCUUCAGCUACGCAAACAAUGAACUUGAAAGUCUUUGUCAAGGAAGAGGGAACUACAUCUGCAGAUCAGAGCUUCUCUGGAGGUGCUACUGAAGAGAGAGUACAAAUUCACCCGCCCCAUAAUGUCUCACUUUCUUGCUCAUCAGAAAGUGUAGAUGAAAGUAGCAAAAUGAUAAAAAUCCAGCAAAACUUGCUGAAAUCCAUGACCGAACAGAGGGACAGCUUGAAGGCAACAAAUGAAUUGUUAGAAAAGAAACUGAAAACGUCAAAAAAGUUUCUUGAAAUAUCUGGUAAUCACGUUAAAAAGGAGCUCCGCCACCAGUGGACCCAGUAUGAGUUCAUCAUGGGGGAUGAGACCGAGCGCGUGAAAGAUUUCAACAACUUGAGCAAUGUUCGAAAGACAGUCCAAUACAUGCUUGCACUGAAGGAGGUGGAAUUGUUAAAGCAACAGAGCCAGGCAUUGGUGAAUCCCAAGCAGGAAUGCUGCAUAGAAAAAGAAGAAGACAAACAAGCCCAGCAGCUCGAGGACAUGUCGCGGCAGCUAGAUACCUGCAAAUCUGAGCGGGAUCAAUUAAAGGAUAAAGUUGACCAACUGCAAAAAGAAAAUGAUGCAUUUCAGUUGCACUGUGCAAAUCUUUCGAAUGAAGUUGAAUGUUUAAAGCAGGAAGUCACUGAAGCAAGGCCGAGCAAGUCUUCAGCAAAUACUGGUGUGGAACUCAAGUCUCUACGGAUUGGUGUUGCACAGCUUCUGCAAAAUAUUAUACCUGAACUGGACUUGGAACAAAUAAAUUACGAAUCAAAUGUUGUUGAUGGGAUUUUGGACCAGGUUAUCUCUGAUAAAACUUUCCCCGUCUUUAGCGGGUCUGUGCCGCGCUGCGCGGUCGGGCACCGCCUGCGGUUCGGUUACUCGCCGGGUUGCGCGCUGUGGGAGGACCGCGCCGAGCGGGCGGAGGCCCAUCUUGCCGGCCGGCCCACACCUCUUUCGUUGGCGGGGAUCGCGCGCGCGCCGGAAAGUGACUUGUUGUUGCAGGCGGUUGGAACCAAAGGUCCUAUCGCGGAGCAAAGGUACGAGAGCGAGGGCAAGAUGGUCCACUCGGCGAAAAAGCCGAACUCUGCACUUUCUCACUGGUUGGAACCAAAGAUCAUAGAGCAAGAGCAAGAUGGUCCUCUCGGCGGAAACCGUCGUAGUACGUCAUGGGUAAUUUUUAGCACCAUCUUAGGAACUGUCUUUGCGAUAACGGCCAUGGCCUCCACAUGCUCAUCUACAAGCGUAGCUUGCUGUUCUGCUAUAAAUUGCUCAAAUCGCCAAUGUAAAAGACCCGACCUGUCUUUCUUCAGGUUCCCCAAGAACAACGAAAGAUGUCGACAGUGGGUCCAGAACACUCGUCGAGUAGAUCUCCGACACCGAACAACGGAGUACUUGUCAAACAACUGCCGUCUUUGUGCUGAACACUUCGAACUUGAGCAGUUUUCCAACAAGCAGACCAAGAACAGGCUAAAUUGGAAUGCAGUUCCAACGCUCUUUGACAUCCCUAAUCCGCCGAAACGUCUGUCUACCCAACGCAGGUUACUCAAGAGGAAGAAUGAGAACCUCCCUUCACCAAAGCCUUCAAAGCAGCAAAGAGUCUUGGCAGUGUCACACAGCAUAAAGACCGAACAUUCUUACUGCUUAAGUGCAGACCAAAUUCGUGGUAUAGAUGAUCCUCAAGUCACACCAAGUGUAAAUUUCACCAGAGCUCUGAAGAGGGAAAGACAGCGUACUUUUCGCCUCAAAAAAAAAGUACAACAGAUGGAACGAUCAAUGGAAAAGGUUCAAUUGCCAGGGCAAAAGGAUUUUCCGGAAAUUGCUGAAGUAUCUUCGAGUAUACCAAAGAUCAUAAUCUGUGUGGUUAGUGGAGAAAUGAGUGUGGGAUCUGAUCUGGAAGGCACUUCAUCUCGUACCUCUGACUCUCCUUUAAGUAGUCUUAAAAUUAUGGAUGUCAAAUCACUGUCAUCUCCACAAAUAUCAACUGAUGGUGAAAGUAUUAAACGAAAACUUGACUGUAACGAUGUAACUCCAAAUCCAAAAAAACAAAAACUAAAUGAUGGAAGUUCACACGACAUGUCUAAGAAUGGCGAUGCAGCCAGAAACGUCAGUUUUGAAGAUGACAUAAUUCUUCUUGAAGAGAAAUGUACACCAAAGCAUGAAGAAAAUUGUGACUUGUCAAAGGUUAAAAAAGAGGACGGAGGGAGUGUGGACAGGUCAUGCUUUGUCAUUAACAACUGCAAUGGUAAUGAUUUGCCCAGGAAUUGUGAAGAAAUAUCUUCAGCUGAGCAACCACUGAACUUGAAAGUCUCUAUCAGGGGAGAGGGAACUGCAUGUCGAGAUCAGAGAUUCUCUGGAAGUGCUACUGAAGAGAGAGUACAAAUUCACCCGCCCCAUAAUAUCUCGCUUCCGUGCUCGUCAGAAAGUGUAGAUGAAAGUAACGAAAAGAUAAAAUGCCUGCAAAAUUUGCUGAAAUCCAUGACCGAACAGAGGAACAGCUUGAAAGCAAAAAAUGAAUUGUUAGAAAAGAAACUGAAAACGUCAAAAAAGCUUCUUGAAAUACCUGGUAAUCACGUUAAAAAUGUGCUCUGCCACCAGUGGACCCAGUAUGAGUUCAUCAUGGGGGAUGAGACCGAGCAUGUGAAAGAUUUCAACAACUUGAGCAAUGAUCAAAAGACAGUCCAAUACGAACUUGCACUGAAGGAUGUGGAAUUGUUAAAGCAACAGAACCAGGCAUUGGUGAAUUCCAAGAAGGAAUGUGCUGCUUGUAGCAUAGAAAGAGAGAGGAAGACAAACGAUCCCAGCAGCUCGAAGGCAUGUCGCGGCAUGUCAGACAACGUACAGGCCGAACAUUCUUACUGCUUUGAUGCAGACCAAAUUCAUGAGAAUGAACCCAGCAGUGUUUCUCCACCUCCUGAUACAGAUGAUCCUCAAUUCCCACCAACUGGAAAUUAUGGCAGAGCUCUGAACAUGGAAACACAGCAUACUUUACACCUCAAAAAAAGAGUUGAACAGUUGAAACAAUCAAUGGAAAAGCUAAGUACAGUUUUCAAUGGCAUUUUUCUGGUCCAGUCACAUUUAACUCCGCUCAUUAAUGCGAACAGUCAUGCAAAAUGGAAACAAUACUUUCUCGUCCUUAUCAACCAAGAUGCCUAUCUAAGCAUCGCAUUAGGUCCUUAUCCCUCUAAACCUUUCUUAUCCAUUAUCCAUAUACCAUAUAAGUGUCUUUUAGAUGUUGUACCUGCCUCAACUACUUCCUCCGGCAGCUCGUCCAAUGUACAUGUCACCCACAGCGUGAAAAAGUUGCCGCUCAGGUUCCUAUUAAAUCAUUCCCCUCUCACCCGCUGCACGGGUGGGUUUAAACUAAAUAAUGGUUGGGAGGUGGAGUCAACAACAUGGAAGUGUAUGCAUGGAGUUAACGGGAAAGAGAGUGCAGGAAAGGUCACGUCAGUCUCCAGAAAUAACAGGACAGAAAGUUUAAAAAGGGAGAAGAGAAUAAGGUUGGAUAAAAUCAGGAUGUUUGUGAGAGGACGGGUGGUCAACACCGAAUUGAAUGUAUUAUAUUUGAAGGUAGACACAAAAAGCUGGAGUAAUUCAGGGGGUCAGGCAGCAACUCUGGAGGAUAAGCGCUCAACCAACAAUACUAUACCAAAACUUAACUAUGAUGAUGUAACUCCCAAUCCAAAAAAACAAAAUCUAAAUGGAAGUUCACACGGCGUGUCUAAGAAUGGUUAUGCAGCCAGAGACCUUAAUUUUGAAGAUGACAUAAUCCUUCUUGAAGAGAAAAGUACACCAAAGCCUGAAGAAAAUUGUGACUUAUCAAACGUUAAAAAAGAGGACAGAGGGAGUGUGGACAUGUCAUGCUUUGCCAUUAACAACUGCAAUGGUAAUGAUUUGCCCAGGAGUCGUGAAGAAAUAUCUUCAGCUAUGCAAACAAUGAACUUGAAAGCUUCUGUCAAGGAAGAGGGAACUACAUCUCCAGAUCAGAGCUUCUCUGAUGGUGCUACUGAAGAGAGAGUACCAAUUCACCCGCCCCAUAAUGUCUCGCUUCCGUGCUCGUCUGAAAGUGUAGAUGAAAGUAGCGAAAAGAUAAAAAUCCUGCAAAGUUUGUUGAAAUCCAUGACCGAACAGAGGGACAGCUUGAAGGCAAAAAAUGAAUUGUUAGAAAAGGAACUGGAAACCUCAAAAAAGCCUCUUGAAAUAUCUGGUAAUCACGUUAAAAAGGAGCUCUGCCACCAGUGGACCCAGUAUGAGUUCAUCAUGGGGGAUGAGACCGAGCGCGUGAAAGAUUUCAACAACUUGAGCAAUGAUCAAAAGACAGUCCAAUACGAACUUGCACUGAAGGAAGUGGAAUUGUUAAAGCAACAGAGCCAGGCAUUGGUGAAUCCCAAGCAGGAAUGUGUUGCUUGUAGAAUAGAAAGAGAGGAAGACAAACGAGCCCAGCAGCUUGAGGGCAUGUCGCGACAGUUAGACACCUGCAAAUCUGAGCGGGAUCAAUUAAAGGAUAAAGUUGACCAACUGGAAAAAGAAAAUGAUGCAUUUCAGUUGAACUGUGCAAAUCUUUCGAAUGAAGUGGAAUGUUUAAAGCAGGAAGUCACUGAAGCAAGGCCGAGCAAGUCUUCAGCAAAUACUAGUGCGGAACUCAAGUCUCUACGGAUUGGUGUUGCACAGCUUCUGCAAAGUAUUAUACCUGAACUGGACUUGGAACAAAUCAAUUACGAAUCAAAUGUUAUUGAUGAGAUUUUGGACCAGGUUAUCUCUACAUCUUGAGGGUCAUCUCCUGUUUUGCAAUCAAGAUGCAAUGUGAAGAAAUUAGAUGGAUUAUAUAACAAAGCCAAUAGACUUGAUAAACCAGAGCUUAAAGUGAAGCAGACAAUGCACUUCUGUAUUAAAAUGAUUUCUCUUCUGAUUUUA